GCGGCGAAGAUGGCGGCGGCGGCGGCCGGCGGGGCGCGGGGGCGGCGCGGGCGACUCUGACCGGGCACGCACCGGGAGGGACGGAAGGGGCGAGCCCGGAGAGAGCCCGCAGAGCUCCGCGGGCAGCGGGGAGGAGCGGGACCCCCCUCGGGGGGGGGGAAAGUGGCGGCGGCGCGGAAGAGCGGGGGCGCUGCCGGCGAGCCCGGCCGUGAGGGGCCGGCGCGCGGGGCGUGAGGGGCAGCGAGGGCCGCACCGCGGGGGACGCGGUCCGCGGUGGGCGCGGCUCGGGGCGGCACCGGCGCGGUCCGGCGGGCAGGGGGAGGAAGGCUGGCGCCCUGCGGCGGGCGCUCGGCGGGCAGGAGGCGGCUGCGCCGGUGGCUCCCCGCGUUCCUGGCGCUCGGCUGCUGGGCGCCCCACGCCAUGUUCUCGGUGCUCUCCUACGGCAGGCUGGUGGCGCGGGCGGUCCUAGGCGGCCUCUCGCAGACCGACUCCCGCGACUACAGCCUGGUCACGGCCAGCUGCGGCUUCGGCAAAGAUUUCCGCAAGGGCAUCCUCAAGAAAGGCAUGUGCUACGGGGAUGACGCCUGCUUCGUGGCCAGGCACCGCACCGCCGAUGUGCUGGGGGUGGCAGAUGGUGUCGGUGGCUGGAGAGACUACGGGGUUGACCCCUCUCAGUUCUCAGGGACUCUCAUGCGAACGUGUGAACGUUUAGUGAAAGAAGGACGGUUCGUUCCCAGCAAUCCUGUCGGGAUUCUCACUGCAGGCUAUUGUGAGCUGCUGCAGAACAAAGUACCUCUGCUUGGGAGCAGCACAGCUUGUAUCGUGGUUCUGGACAGGACAAGUCACCGUUUACACACAGCCAACCUGGGGGACUCCGGGUUUUUGGUGGUCAGAGGAGGAGAAGUUGUCCAUCGCUCUGAUGAACAGCAGCAUUACUUCAACACUCCCUUCCAACUCUCAAUAGCUCCUCCAGAAGCAGAAGGAGUUGUCUUAAGUGACAGCCCCGAGGCUGCCGACAGCACGUCCUUCGAUGUGCAGCUCGGGGACAUCAUCCUGACGGCCACAGACGGGCUGUUCGACAACAUGCCCGACUACAUGAUCCUGCAGGAGUUAAAGAAGCUGAAGAACUCCAACUACGAGAGCAUCCAGCAGACUGCCCGGAGCAUCGCGGAGCAGGCGCACGAGCUGGCCUACGACCCCACGUACAUGUCGCCCUUCGCGCAGUUCGCCUGCGACAACGGACUGAACGUGAGAGGGGGCAAACCAGAUGACAUCACCGUCCUUCUGUCCAUCGUGGCCGAGUACACAGACUGAGGGCCCGCUGGCCCGCUCCCGGAGCCCCGCACGGUUUCCUGCUGGCAGGAUUGAUCCCUCCUCCCUCCUGCCCUGGGCAGCUGGCCCCGAGCCCGGCGCCCGUCCUGAGACAGCUGAGUCCUUGCUAAGAACCACUCGUAGAACACUGGUCUUGCUCUGCCAGCAAGAGAUGAAGAAGCUCAAGGCCUGGAGCGUCUGUCAGAGCUUAGUCAUUGUCCGUGCCAGGGGCAGGAUCCAUCCCACGGCGUUCCCGCACUGGAGAUGGGACUUUCCAAGGAGUAGAAUUGGUUGAUCAUCUUUCAGAGUAGAUCAAUAGGUAACCCCUCUGCACGAGGGCAUCUUACUCUUUCCUAGGAACGUUCGCUGUUGUUGAGGGUGUGUUACAGCCCCAGUUCCAUAAAGCAUAGUCUUGUUCCAGUGGUAGCCGAGGUUUCGUGUUCCUGAGCUCCAGUUUUCAGGAGAUUUAUAACUGCUGUAAACAUUCUGCUCUUGCCAUCCAUGGUGUCAGCCUUAGGAACCUUUUCUAGUACGAGAUUUCAAACAAACCUAGUUCAAGUUAUAUGGAUGCAAAUGUGUUUUGUGAUUUCAGGUGCUUAACUGUGAUCUUAAAAAAAGUUCUGCAGAUCAUUCGUCCAUAAUGGGCCUGGUUCUGGAUGUUUUGGCUGUGGAUAAUUAUUAUUUUUAUUAAACAAGACUUCUAGCUCAGUCUCAAACAGCCGAGCUGGCCACAGCUGAGGUCUUUGAGCAUUUGAACCCAUCUCCUGGUGGGAAAUGCUCCGGUGGGAGGUUGCACAAGGAACAGCUCAUCCUCAACUCCCAACGUCCUCACUUUGGGUAGAUAAUCCUGUCGUUGAUGAAGCCUAAUUUGUGUUAAUAAUCGCCAUUGCUUGUAGAACAGAAUAUGCUGCACCACUUUAAGUCCAGCUCAUCCUUUCUGACUCAACAGGCACCUCUUUGCUUCUGCUGCGGCAGCGAGUACGAAAAUGAAACUUAAUGAAUAAUCAGCAAAACUUACAUUUCAGUAACUAAAGUUUAGGGGUUUCAAUGAACCUUAAUGAUGUUUACAGUUAUCUAACAGCCACUUUGCAAUAUGACAUUUCGUUUUCAAUGACAGUAGCUCACGUUUGUUUCCCCCGCCUUCCAGCCAGCUUUUCCUUUUCCUUUCCUGAGGCUCAUACAAAAGCUGAGAGCUGUAAAGAUAUAUAUAUUUUUGGUCAGUUUUUCAUUAACUUUUUUGCCGGUAGAAAAGUAUGUAGAAAUAAAUUAAAGCCAUGUUUUUAUAUAUAAAAAGUCGGGUAAUGUUGCUGUUUAGGUGAGUGCAGUUAAACUUGGUCAGUAAGGAAUCUUUCCUGCUCUCAAGAGGAGAUUUUUACUACCUGGUUUAUUGUAUUAAAACUGUUUAAGUUUGAGGUUACCUCAACUUGUUUAAAGAAUUUUUGUGGACUUGUACUGUAUAUUUGCGUAACUAUGUCAAGCUUUUAUUUAAGGUCAUUUAACAUGUACCAUGUACAUGUCAUUUUACUAUAUUUCAAUGCAUCAUGCUUGUAACAGGCAUUUCAUUUAUAAUAAGUGAUUAAUUUGGGAGCUCUUCAGUAAUUUAUCUGCUAUUCCUCAAUUGGCAUAAUGUUAGGGAUCUACUUUGAAUCACCUUGUAAUUACUUGUCAAAAUGCCUUAACUACCCUAACUUGACCAAAAUGGGAUUUUGGUGAGGGUAUGGGGAGGAUUCUGUUAAUGAAGAGAAAUUAAUUAGUUUUGUGACACAUGAGCAGUGAGUGGUGGAGAACUUUGCACAACCUGUCAGUCCUUGUUUUGAACUGGCCCAGCUGUGCCUGGCUGGCUGUUCGAGGAAUGUAUUCACUGAGCACAGGGCUUUGUUCCUCGCCUUGGGGGGGCCUUGCCCUCCCAAAUCUGGGUGUCUUCACAUUUUGUCCGCCAGUAUUUCCCCUCAGCUUCUGGAUUAGAGCAGAUUUGAUCAAUUCUUGUGUCCCCUGACCUUCCCUUCAGGAGCCCUUGGGCUGUUGCUCUGACCUGCUCUCAGCACAGUUCCCAGCCCUGGUGUUUCCCCCCCGGCUUUCCAGAACUUUCCCUUGGGGAAAGUGUGUGGGUCAGAGGGAUGCACCAGGGUCUGGAAUUGCCUGUGAGGCCAAGCUGUGCUCCCUGUCUGUACCCACAGAGCCCUUUGCCUCAUAUCACACCAUGAGUUGUUGGUUUUUUUGUUUUGUUUUGUUUUGUUUUUUCUCAUAAAGAACAAAUUUGGAUUUUGAUUUACAAAUCAUGAGUUUUUCCCUCACCAGGCACACCAAAGACCAGUAAAGCUUUUAGCUUUUCCAUCUGUUUAUAAAGCAAUACUGUAUUAUAAAGAAUUGAUAUUUUUAUCACAUGCUUGAUUGUGUUGGGUUUUUUUUAAGACGUGCACUCUGAACAUAUCAAACCUGAGUUUUUCCUACGAACUUAUCGCUGUCUGCGCACAAGAGAUUUUGGGAGAAGGAAACGACAGGGCCCAUCCUAUCAAAGUAAUUCCCAGCAAUGCAUGAAGCAGUAACACUUGCUAGGGGAAGGUUAGUGGGAAUGUUCCCGAGGGGAAUGGACAAGAAAGGUGUUCCCUGACUUGGAAGCGAGCGGAGCUUGGAGCUGCUGCAGAGGGUUGUUCUUUCUGGGGAGCUGGUGGGUCAGGAGGAGUUUGUCCCCCAGGAAGCUGGGAUUGCUCCAGCAGCAUUAGGAGGGGUUGGGGUGAAGCAGGGCUAGGAUGUGGUGAGUUGAAAAGCUCUGUGGUUCCUGCUGCUUUCCUGGCUGUCUCUAGGAGAGUUGUGACACACAGGUUCCCUCCAAAUGUCCUUCGUUGUGUUUCUCGAGAAGGUCAGGCUGAAAACAAAACCAGAAAGCAGAUUUGGGACCAGACAGUUACGAGUGAGUGGAGGAGAAGGGAGAGGAGAAGGUCUGGCAAAGGUGGGAGGAUUUAGUGAUGGAAUCUCCAUGUCUUAGGAAGGGACAUCCUUUCUCCGGGGGGAACCAGCUGGUGUGUGUGGAAUCCACUGUAUGCAGUUCCUGACAAAGGUGGCUGAAACCAUGAAGCAAAUGUGAGUCUGUACCUGAGGAUGCUUUUCUGUUGCUGUUAAAGUGAGACUAUCAUCUAUGCUUACCUAAGAGGCAAUUAUGUGAAUUUCAUGUCUGAGGUAUAACUUAUGCAGGAAUAGUUCUGUAAAUACAUUUAAAUGAAUUGUAAAGAUAUUUAAUAAAUAUAGUAUUUAUACUAAAA